AGAAUAUCCGUGUCACUUGCUGGUUGUAUGUUGGUGGUUUGAGUUGCAGUUUGAAGAAACCGGUUUUCCCUACAACAUACAACCAAUUUCUUAGUUACUCUGCCGUAUGAAUCAGGUUUAUUUAGAGUAUUGCAAGACAGCAUUUGCUUGGGGUGAUUGUGACACCUAAGUGCUAUUUCUAGGGCCUGCUUGCUUCCGGUGCGCUAGACCAGCACUAUUUAACAAGUAUUCAUCAAUGGAUGGCCUAAGUGCUAGAACGAAGCGUAUUAACGUGUUAAUCAAUGCUAUCGGUACAAUGCUGGUAUACACCAGCUUCUUUGCUGGAACCAUGCUCAUGCCGACUCUACUAAAAGGGAAACUAGAGGAACAAACAAUAUUCUACUCUAUGGCCGUGCACUGCCUCACCGCUGCAUUAACCUCCCCAGUCUCCAUGUUCAUCAUCAAGCACUUCGGAGCUAAAAUCUCGCUGAUAGUAGGCAGUAUCUGCUGCAUGCUGUUCUACAUAUCCGUCAUGUUUCCCAUACCUGGGGUUGUCUUCGCAGCUCAGUCGGUGUUUGGAUUCGGACUCGCUCUAGUCAGACCUGCUUCUCUCAACUUUUUGGUGAAGAACUCCUCUCCCAGUGCCAUGGGUGUAAACUCCAGUAUCCACUGGGGAGUGUUUAUGAGCAGCAUGAUUUGGGGUAACGCUGUUGUUUACUGUCUGACGUACGGUAACUACUACGAUGCAAGGACCAGAGUAACAGUAUACGGAAUUCUCCUUGGACUGAACAUGCUAGGAACAGUAAUGUACGUACUGUUGAGGACUCCACCAAGAACGUCUGAUACAGAAAGAAAACCUCUCCUUGACGGAAUGAAAGAAGAUUUGAACCCGGUGACAUUUGGCAACUUGAUUAAAGAAACCUUCUCUCUGGUGAUUCUGAAACAGACUGUCUGGUUGAUACCCUCCAUGCUGGCUGCUGGCUUCUACUUUACUAUGUACUGCGUAGAGAUCCCUACAAUGAUUGGAAGCCACAUUGCCUUAUUUGGUAUUAUGGUUGGAGUUGGGGAACUUUUGGGGUCUUUGGUUCUUGGCCGCAUCAUUUCCGCUUUCGGGUACGUUCUAGUGACAAUCAUGGCAGGAUGUUUGGCGAUCAUCUCUCUUCUCCUUACCUGUACUUCUCUACCAAAGAACAGCGGGGAUGAAUUCACUGAGGCACCAGGGUUGGCAAUGUUGAUGGCAGUGGCUCUGGCUUACGGAGUUAGCGAUGCGGGCAAUCAUCUUGCUCUCAACAGUAUAAUCGGCAGAUUGUUCGACGAGAGAAGUGAGGUGAUAUUCUGUGUGCUAUCGUGUGUUAUGAAUCUUGCAGCCAUGACAUGGUACUUUGUUUAUACCGUAGUUGCCUGGGAAACAAUCAUCGUUGCUACAGGACUGUCCGUCUUUGCGAGUAUGCUGGGCAUUUUCAUCGUCGUAAGGCCAAAAUAAGACGUAGAGAGCAUGAUUUAGGUUUUUUGUGUCCUACCAUGAACGUAUUAGCUUUGUUUUUUCUAGGUCAGACUAUUAAUAAAUUAUGGGCAUUUUCUAAACUAUUAAUAAAUGCUGGGUAUUUUAUAAGCUUGAGAUUUGUAAAUAUUGUGAAAUGUGAAUUGACCUUAAAAAGUUGCGGGAAAAAAACUUUAACGCUCUUUUAUAUUUUGCUAUUUUGAAUUGUGAUUUUUAUUAACGGUUGGGCUUUUAUGUUCUAUGAUCCUACCGUUUGUAGAUUUCUAGAUGUUAUUAUUUUGUUAUCCAAGUGAAUGAUAGCCAAUGAUAAACGUUUUUGGAAUUUGAAAGAAACUAUGAAAUAAAAUAUUUACAUAUUUAUAAAAGCAUCGAAAAAGAAAUUACCAAUAAAAUCGCGUUUUUACUUCAUCAUGCGUUUUAUAAUUCAUCUAGGUUGCUGUUUUACAAAAUUGUAAAGGUUAAAAUGAUAAUAAGUCAACAACUCUAAAAUAACAAAUUGAUGUCGGGC